CUUGGUAUUGGCUGCAGUGUGUCUCCUCCCGAAACCCUUGAACCUAUAAAGCGCUCGUCAAUUCACCGUCAUUUUGCAGAAUCUUAGGUAUUUGUUCUUCCAGCCGCAGCUUUUCAACCCGGACGUCUCAAAAGCCAUUUAUCCUCAACGAACAAGCCAGAAAUCAUGGUGGUCCAUAAGGAGUUCCAGGCAGUGGGUAAGGAACCUGGUCUCAAGGUGUGGCGGGUGGAGAAGAUGGACCUGAAGCCAGUUCCUAAGCAGCUCCAUGGCAACUUCUACACCGGUGAUGCCUACGUGCUGAUCUUCACCACCCCUGCUCCAUCCUACUCCAUCCACACCUGGCUGGGAAACGAGUGCUCCCAGGAUGAGAGUGGAGCUGCCGCCAUCUUUGGCGCACAGCUGGAUGACUUCCUGGGCGGCAGCCCGGUUCAAUUCCGGGAGGUCCAGAACAAUGAGUCCCUGACCUUCCUUGGAUACUUCAAAUCCGGCAUUAAGUACAAGCAAGGUGGUGUGGCAUCGGGCUUCCACCACGUGGUGACUAACGACGUGGACGUGAAGCGCCUGCUCCAUGUCAAAGGGCGCAGGGUGAUCCGGGCAACCGAGGUGCCCCUGUCCUGGAGCAGUUUCAACCGGGGUGACUGCUUCAUCGUGGACCUGGGCAAGGACAUUUACCAGUGGUGUGGCAGUGAAUGUAACCAUUUUGAGCGUCUAAAAGCGUCUCAGGUGGCCGUUGACAUCCGUGAUAAUGAAAGGAAUGGACGUGCCAAGCUGCAGAUGGUGGAGGACGGCUCAGAGGUUCAGGCCAUCAUCGAUGUUCUAGGUCCUAAACCCAGCAUACCAGCAGGAAGUCAGGAUGACGAGACUUUUGAGAGAGUCAAUAAGAAGGGCAGACUUUACAUGGUUUCUGAUGCUGCAGGGUCUAUGAAAGCCUCUGUGGUGGCUGAGAGCAGCCCCUUUAAACAGGAGAUGCUCUCCCCCAGCGAGUGCUACAUCCUCGACAACGGAGCUGAUGGCAAAAUCUUCGUGUGGAAAGGACCUUCUGCCAACGGAGCAGAACGAAAGGCAGCCAUGAAGGCCGCAGAGCAGUUCAUCCAUGAGAAGAACUACCCUAAAAACACGCAGAUCCAGGUGGUCCCUGGCGGAGGUGAGACCACCCUGUUUAAGCAGUUCUUCAGUAACUGGAGGGAUAAGGACCAGAGCACAGGUCCGGGGAAGGCCUACGUCAUUGGACGGAUUGCCCGGGUGGAGCAGAUCCCCUUUGAUGCCUCCACCCUCCACUCCAACAGAGCCAUGGCAGCGCAGCACGCCAUGGUGGACAACGGCUCCGGCAAGGUCCAGGUGUGGCGUGUUGAAGGUGGAGAUAAGGUCCCUGUGGACCCCUCCACCUACGGGCACUUCUACGGUGGAGACUGCUACCUGGUCUUAUACAGCUACCAUCAGGGAGGCAAAGAGCAUCAUAUCAUCUACACCUGGCAGGGACUGAAAUGCACCCAAGAUGAGCUGGCCGCGUCCGCGUUUUUAACAGUGAAACUGGACGACUCCAUGGGGGGAUCUCCUGUCCAGGUGCGUGUCACUCAAGGCCAGGAACCACCCCAUUUGAUGAGCCUGUUUAAGGGCAAGCCAAUGAUCAUCUUCCUGGGCGGGACAUCACGGAAAGGCGGUCAGAGCAAGCCAGGCAGCACACGUCUCUUCCACAUCCGCCAGAGCUCCACCCGUGCCACUCGUGCUGUGGAGGUGGAGUGCUCUGCAGCCAAUCUGAACUCCAGUGACGUGUUUGUCCUUAAGAGCCCUGACUCCUUGUUCCUGUGGAGAGGAGUUGGAGCCUCAGAGGAAGAGAUGUCUGCUGGAAAAUCCGUAUGCAGCUUCCUGGGGGGCAGAGCCACUGAGGUGGCGGAAGGCAAGGAGCCAGUGGGCUUCUGGUCUACCCUUGGUGGAAAGAAGGAUUAUCAGACCUCCAGCAGUCUGCAGAAGACUGUUAAGCCUCCUCGCCUGUUUGGCUGCUCCAACAAGACUGGUCGUCUCAUAGUAGAGGAAGUGCCAGGUGACUUCACUCAGGUGGAUUUGGCUACCGAUGAUGUCAUGCUUCUGGACACGUGGAACCAGAUUUUCCUCUGGAUUGGCAAUGAUGCUAAUGAGGUGGAGAGGACUGGGGCCUCUAAAAUAGCCAAAGACUACCUGGAGUCAGACCCUGCUGGUCGCCAUGGCACCCCCAUUAGCACUGUGAAGCAGGGCUCGGAGCCUCCCACCUUUACAGGAUGGUUCCAGGCCUGGGACCCCAAGAUGUGGGACAAAGACCCUCUGGAACGCAUCCGCGCUCGUUUCUGAAUGCGCGCACUCACACAAACACACACAAACACACACACACACAUGCAGGUGCACACACACACGUCCUCUUGUAUGGCUUCCAGAAUAUUCCCAAGUGGUCUUUGCUGCCACAGUAUGGUCUGGAACUUCUGAACAGCAUUGAACAGUGUGAAGCAUCCUCUCCCUGGCCACUGCACACACUGUGUUUGAAUACUGGUUAUACCCUUUUGAGGAAGAAAAACACUGCUUUGCCUUAUGUUUUAUAUACAGGAGUUUUUAUGUGUCAGGUUACAUAUAUGUGUUUUUAUUUUUUUAUUUUUUUAUGUCAAAAACAAAUAUAACUUACUUGAUUGGAAAUGAAAAUAUGGGAUGGGAUGGGAAUUUGAACUCAGAUAAAUAAAAAAUAAACAGAAUGUUGAUCUUUAAUUUCAAAUAUCAGUGCGAUCAUAUUGCAAAAAUGAUGUAAAAUAAAUAUACCAAAUACACAAUAUACAAAUAUGCAAACCAAUGUGUUAUUUCUGCACAUGUUUGAGAAACUGAAGUAUGAGAGGACUGCCUGUCUGGAAUAAACACCUACUAUUGCCUUUC